GGGGGACGAGGGCUUCGAUUGUCCUGGCUGCCCCCUUCCGACCCAGGGAAGUGGCGGAACCUUGACUGCGCCCCGGGAGGGCUCAGCACUAAUCAAGGACGCCAGGGCCCGAAGGGCUGGGGCCCGGCCGCAGAGCGGAGUUGGCAUUUCCAGAUUGGGGCUCGGGCCGCCCCUCCUCCAGGACCCUCCCCUCCGGACCGCGCAGGGCGCCGCGGGCGAUCCGGGCUGGCUCUUCUGGCGCGAAAAGGUGGACAAGUCCUAUUUUCAAGAGAAGAUGACUUUUAACAGUUUUGAAGGAUCUAAAACUUGUGUACCUGCAGACAUCGAUAAGGAUGAAGAAUUUCUAGAAGAGUUUAAUAGAUUAAAAACUUUUGCUAAUUUCCCAAGUAGUAGUCCUGUUUCCGCAUCAACGCUAGCACGAGCUGGUUUUCUGUAUACUGGUGAAGGAGACACCGUGCGGUGCUUUAGUUGUCAUGCAGCAAUAGAUAGAUGGCAAUAUGGAGACUCAGCAGUUGGAAGACACAGGAAAGUAUCCCCAAAUUGCAGAUUUAUCAGUGGCUUUUAUUUUGAAAAUACUGCUGCACAACCUACAAAUCCGGGUAUCCAAAAUGGUCAGUAUAAAGCGGAAAGCUACCUGGGAAACAGAAAUCAUUUUGUUUUAGACAGGCCAUCCGAGACUCAUGCAGACUAUCUUUUGAGAACUGGACAGGUCGUAGAUAUUUCAGACACCAUAUACCCGAGGAACCCUGCCAUGUAUAGUGAAGAAGCUAGAUUAAAGUCAUUUCAGAACUGGCCAGACUAUGCCCACUUGACCCCAAGAGAGUUAGCUAGUGCUGGACUCUACUACACAGGUAUUGAUGAUCAAGUGCAGUGCUUUUGUUGUGGUGGAAAACUGAAAAAUUGGGAACCUUGUGAUCGUGCAUGGUCAGAACACAGGCGACACUUUCCUAACUGCUUCUUUGUUCUGGGCCGGAAUGUUAACAUUCGAAGUGAAUCUGAUGUUGUGAGUUCUGAUAGGAAUUUCCCAAAUUCAACAAAUGUUCCAAGAAAUCCAGCCAUGGCAGAUUAUGAAGCACGGAUCAUUACUUUUGGGACGUGGAUAUACUCAGUUAACAAGGAGCAGCUUGCAAGAGCUGGAUUUUAUGCUUUAGGGGAAGGUGAUAAAGUAAAAUGCUUUCACUGUGGAGGAGGGCUAACUGAUUGGAAGCCCAGUGAAGACCCUUGGGAACAACACGCUAAGUGGUAUCCAGGGUGUAAAUAUCUGUUAGAAGAGAAGGGACAAGAAUAUAUAAGCAAUAUUCAUUUAACCCAUUCACUUGAGGACUCUAUGGUAAGAACUGCUGAAAAAACACCAUCAUUAACUAAAAGAAUUGAUGAUGCCAUCUUCCAAAAUCCUAUGUUACAAGAAGCUAUACGAAUGGGAUUUAGUUUCAAGGACAUUAAGAAAAUAAUGGAGGAAAAAAUUCAGACAUCUGGGAGCAACUAUAAAUCACUUGAGAUUCUGGUUUCAGAUCUAGUGAGUGCUCAGAAAGACAAUACACAAGAUGAAUCAAGCCAGACUUCAUUGCAAAAAGCCCUACCUUCUCCUGACCUCAAGACGUGACUGUCCAAUGACAUUUAUAUACGGAUGCCCUGCAAACACCUCAAAAACAACUUGAAAAAUGCCAAACCAGUACCUCCUCCUAUAUUUCCUUUUGGCAUCACCAUCCCCUUGUCAGCCACACUAGAAAUCUUAAAAUCAACUGUUUCCUCUUUUUUUCCUCACCCCUCACAUCUACUCAGUCACCAAAUCCUAGCAGUCCCACUUCAGAAGUGUCCCUCAGAUCCAUUCCUCCAUUUCUGGAGUAAGUCAUGCCCUUUCCAUGUGUCACUUCUUUUUACCUAACCCUGGCUUCUGUGCCUGGCAAGUUGCCGGCUGUGUUUAAAUGUCACUCCUCCAUUUCCCCCAUCCCCCACCCUGCAGCUGCCAACCUGAGAAGCUUUUCCCAGCUCAUCUGAACAGAAGAACUCGUUCUCUCAUCUCGUCCCCGAGCACUUUGUACAUAACUUUAUUAUAGCACUUAUCACUUUGUACUUUGUGCUUCCCUCCAUAGCCUCAGUUCACGUCCUUCUCUCCUCUAGCCUGCAAGCUGCUUAAGAGCAGGUGUCAUGUGUGAGUCAUCCUGUCUCCCCGCCCUUGAUUAGCGCCUGGCACAUAGUAGGGGUUCGUGUUGUUUCAAUACAUUUCAACAACUAAGAAAGUCAAAAAUUAACACAUUUCUUUU